AUGUCGGAAAAACUGUUUAACCUUAUGGAUCGGUCACGUAAAUCACUGUGGACAUGUGAAAAGUGUAUUAAGAGAAAAAAUAAACCCAGAACUAGCACACCAAUUAUCAAGUCACAUCCACAUAAAGUAACUACUGCACCAACUACAAGGAAAAAUUCUACUAAUAGGAGGUUAGUGACGGUCGCUACGGGUAAAAAUAAAACAACCGUUGAGCAAGAGCCUGCUAUCAGCAUAAAAUCUUCAUUAUCACCGACUCCAUCGCAAAAUACAUCUCUUUGCCAGCAUCCGUCACCUAUGCUACCAACUAAUCUAGAAUUGGUCUCCCCGGGUGGAACAUCUAUGGCAGACGUCUGCACUGCGGGCGUCUCUCUUCACGAAGUAUCACCACACCAAGUACCUGACUGUUCCAUUUAUGUGACUCAAAGCCCGGCAACUAAGAGUUUACCAGAUUUCACUUCUGACACUUCAAAAUCAAUAAUUAGAAAAUUAUGA